GUGUGACGUCAGAUACAAGGUAGCCAAUCAGCAUCGACUGAGGAAGUCUUUCUCGACAUUGUUUUGAUCGCUUGUUUUUUGUCGCUGUACGAAAGCGGACUCGCCGGACAGGUUGUGUUUCUGUCUACCUCUGACGAUCUGACCUUCAGACAUGUCAGACGAGGAUGGUGUGCUGUCCAGCGGGAGAUUUCUGUCCAGCGAUGGGGGUAAUUUCAGCUCUCUUUGCCCGAAUGGCUCAGAAUGGAUUUGGAGCGUACUCGGAGAGUGCACUCAGGACACCCGGGACAUGAGCAGCGUGGUCCUCGGUCUGCUGUCCAUCGUCUGCUUCAUUGUGUCUUCUUUCCCGCAGUACUACAGCUCGUGUAAGACGGGGAAUAUGGACAGCGCUUUAUCCAUUUGGUUUCUGUUGUUGUGGCUUGCAGGCGACUCGUGUAAUCUUGCAGGCUCUUUUUUAGCUGACCAGCUUCCUCUUCAGAAAUACACUGCAGUGUACUAUGUCCUGGCUGACCUUUUAAUGUUAAGCAUGUAUACCUACUAUAAGAUGAGGAACAAACUGUCAGACAGGUGUGUAGAUGACAACAGAGCAGUGCUGUAUGCAGUCGGAGCGCUGUAUGCGCUCGGUGCGUUUUCUUGUCUGCUGCAGUUCCCCGUCUCGCCAGUACACACACACACCUCCUCGGGCUUCAGGGGCCGAACGCUGCUGGCUGUGGAUGAGCUGAAUGCAAAUAUAAUACAGCCUUUCAACACUAAGGAGAUCAUCGGCUUCACAUUCGGCUCGGUCUCCUCGAUGCUUUAUCUCUGCUCCAGGCUGCCACAGAUUGUCACAAAUUUUCGGAGGAAGUCGACAGAGGGCGUGUCGUUCUUUCUGUUCGCCCUGGUGAUUCUGGGUAAUGUCACGUACGGACUGAGUGUGCUGGUGAAGAACCCGGAGCGAGGGGAGAGCGAGAUCAGCUACAUCGUCCACCACCUGCCCUGGCUCAUCGGCAGCCUGGGAACGCUCUUACUUGACCUACUGAUAUCGGUGCAGUUUAUGAUGUACAGUAAAGCUUCACAGAAUAAAGAGGACAACGAGGAGACCGCUGCUCUUCUGACUAACUGAGUCGUCAUCCUCACGGGUGUGCUCAGACCUCGAGACAUUCAUGCUCGACUCCCACUCCUCCAUGCCUGAGCACAAAUGACUGUCAAAAGCACAUUUUUUUCUUUUUUUUUCUUCAUUUUUCCCCCCCCAUUAUUUUGUAUUAAUAGUAGUUUUAUAUUAAUUGUGGGUUUUUACAGUUCUACACGUUUUUAAAAACUCAAACGGACUCAUCUUAAAAAACAUGAAAUCUUUUGCAGCAUUUAUAUUUCAUAAUUUGCACAAUUCCUUUUUGGAUGAUGUUCCAAAUGGUGCAAUAUGUUCAUCAGGAGAAGAGCCACAUGUCACAUGGACAUGAUGAAGUGCUACAGAUCACGUCUUUUGUUUACAGAGUUUUGUUUUUAGGAAUAAACUGUCUGCAUGUGUUGUAAAUGUUUUUAAUCACUGUUGAUGGUUAGGAUGCUGACUGUCUUUGUUUUUUUAUAGUAAGUUGUUAUUUUGGGGGUUUUCAAUCUUAAAAUAUGUUUAUUUUUGUAAAUUAGUUUUUAUCUAUUUGAAAUUGUGCUUCUUUGAAAGGCUGCACUAAAGAUGAUUUCACAGCCUAACAUUCUGGGAGGACUUUUUUGUUGUUGUAAUUUUAGUUAAAAAACAGACACUAAUUUAAACCCCUUUACUGAGAAAAGAAAAGACAAGAAAAGACAAGAAAAGAAAAGACAAGAAAAGAAAAGAAAAGAAAAGAAGACAUGUUUAGUUGGACUUGCUUGUAAUGAAAGUCAAAGGGCAGUUGUUGGGGAAGUCAUUAAAUUUUGCAUUGAUGAAUCAAAUGUAUUUGUAAAUAAAUAUCUGUAUAGUUCUUCCUUUCUGAGAUUUUUGUGCUCAUGCGAUAUCAGUGUCGUUGUGUGAAUCUAAUAACAUAUCGAUGCCAGAAAUCUUCAGAAAGGCGUACAAAACUAGAGUUGCUUUGUACAGAGUUGGAAAGUUGGAUAACCACAUACCAUCAUUUCAGCUCUCAUUUCAGUCUCGUCCCAGGACCUUGACCUUUAGUGUGUUACGGUUGUUUUGAAUUUGCGCUGGUUACAUGGUUAAUUAUUUCGUUAUAUUUAGUCACUGAGUUUGACAACUGCUAUUAAACUUCUGUAAUUUUUUAUUCAA